AUGUCGACUUCAGGCAUCUAUGCCGUCCCGAAACUCACUGAGAAGAACUGGGUUGAAUUCAAGAUGAAAACCGUCAUGUCAUUGACAGCGCGCGGCUUGAACCGUCACCUCGAUGGUACCGUCAAAGCCCCUCAGCCACUUCCUAGAACGCCUGACGGCAAAAAGAUCCUGCUUCACGACAAAUCAGCAGAGGCCACCGAAACCGACAUCGAAAUGAACCUAGCCCUUCUCGACGCGCACGCGCAGAAGGAAGCUCUUGCUAUACAGCAACUCUAUGCAACUGUUCCGAAUACUGUGAUGAUUCAGGUACAGAACAAACACUCCGUUUCUGCGAUUUGGAGGGCCAUUUGCCUCAUCUAC